CCAUUGCCGCCGGUGGGAUGGUGUGUGCUAAAGCUGCACAGAGGAAGUUACGCAGCCGGGAUCAGGCACGGAGAUAAAAGCUCCGAUUGUGAUUGAAAGUGAGAGCAAAAGGGAUUUCAGCCUCGGCAUUAACUUGCGAGGGGAGCCGGGAUUGCACAAAGCUCCCCCGGCCAUCUGCCCUUGGGGGCCGGCGGCGCAGCGCCCGCCCGCCGCUCCGGGCUGGGCAGGGCAGGGCUGGGCUGGGCAGGGCUGGGGGGAGUGUUUUUGGGGGUUCCCCCGGCCCCGAAGUUGGCAGCUCCGCCGGGAGCCCCGCGCCGCAGAGCUCCCUGCCGGUCCCUCCUGCUGAUGAGCUCUGCCUUUGCCCUGACCAUGAAAGAGAGAGGAGAUCUCAGGUAGCCCCAUGGCUUGCAGCUGAAGGCUUUGGGAACUUGGUGCUCCGUUGCCAAAAGGCAGAAUUGGACAGGAAUCCUCGCCACCACCACCACGGGACACAGCGGGAGAAGCCAAGGCCAGCCCUGCCCCAGUCACCCCAGUGACCACCCAGCACCUGCUGGGACCACCACGGGUCUGGGCACAACCAUCCCUUGGGAGGAAGGAAUUUUAGCUCCAAGCAGUCUCUCUUGUCAGAGUCGUACUGAUGACCAGAUGCUCUCUUUAUUUUAUGUGCUAAUGUUCAAACACCCCAAUAAUUAAGGCAGACACAGUUUAAGGCACUUCCCACAGCGACGCAUUCGGAGCAGAAGGCUGAGGAAAACCUGAUCCAGCACCAUCUCACCGUCUCUCCAAUUUACUCCUAUCAAAUUUCAUCAGCAGCUCAGAACUUGAUCUUUGUAUUGAUUGACUGGAGUCACCUCUAGAUAUUUUCAUGCUGAUUGGAAGACCUUUCGUGCAAUAAAAGGGGGAAAAAUGAGGUUAAGGAAGACUUUUGACCACUGAUCAGCAACUCCGGCCAAAACUUUCCCAAUCAAGUGAAUUGCAAAGUUGGCUUCUGUUGCCCGGAGGAACUUUCCACAUCCAGACACAGAGCGGGCUCAUCCCUGUUACUGUCUGGAUCUCCUUCGACUGGAGCAUUUUUAGAUGAGGAGUUUCCAUGCUGAUCCCGAGAGCCACCCCUAGCCCAGUAGCCGCCUUCCUGGGGACUCUCGGCGCUGCCCUCGCCCAGGGAUCCCGCGCUUGGCCGCAGCUGCCAUGCUCUACCUGGCUGCUCUCCUCGUGCACUGCGUGCCCCUGGCCAUGGCACAGUAUGACAUUUGCAAGUCCUGGGUGACCACGGACGAUGGCCCGUCCUGGGAGUUUUACGCUUGCCAGCCCAAGGCCAUGCGGAUGAAGGAUUACGUGACCGUGCGCGUGGACCCGGCAGGAAUCACUUGCGGGGACCCUCCGGAGAGGUUCUGCACCCACGAGAACCCGUACCUGUGCAGCGACGAGUGCGACGCCUCCAACCCCGACCUGGCCCACCCGCCCAAGCUGAUGUUCGACAGCGAGGACGAGGGGCUGGCCACGUACUGGCAGAGCGUGACGUGGCGCCGCUACCCCGAGCCGCUGCUGGCCAACAUCACCCUGUCCUGGAACAAGAGCAUCGAGCUGACCGACGACAUCGUCAUCACCUUCGAGUACGGGCGCCCCACCAUCAUGAUGCUGGAGAAGUCGCUGGACAACGGGAGGACUUGGCACCCGUACCAGUAUUACGCAGACGACUGCAUGGAGGCCUUCAGCAUGCCAGCACGGAGGGUCCGGGACCUCUCCACCACCAGUGCCAACAGGGUGCUCUGCACGGAGGAGUAUUCCCGCUGGGCGGGCUCCAAAAAAGAGAAGACCGUCCGGUUUGAGGUGCGGGACCGCUUCGCCAUCUUCGCUGGCCCCGACCUCAAGAACAUGGACAACUUGUACACGCGGCUGGAGAGCGCCAAAGGGCUCAAGGACUUCUUCACCGUGACCGACCUGCGCAUGAGGCUGCUGAGACCCGCCCUGGGGGGCACCUACGUGCAGAGGGAGAACCUGUACAAGUACUUCUACGCCGUCUCCAACAUCGAAGUCACCGGCAGGUGUAAAUGCAACCUCCACGCCAACCUGUGCACCUUCAAAGAGGGCAGCCUCCAGUGUGAAUGUGAGCACAACACCACGGGCCAGGACUGUGGCAAGUGCAAGAAGAACUUUCGCUCCAGGUCCUGGCGAGCAGGGUCCUACCUGCCUCUCCCCAACGGGUCCCCCAAUGCAUGUGCAGCUGCAGGCUCAGCCUUUGGCACAUACGAGCGACCGCAGCGAGUAAACGCCGCAAAAACCACCACCGCAAAAACCACCACCGCAAAAACCACCACCACCGCCUCAACCACCGCCUCAACCACCGCCCCAACAACCACAACCAGCAGCAGCACCCCCCUACCAGCCAGCACCACCCAGCCAGCAAGCAUCACCAGACCAGCCUCUGAGUUUGCUGCCUCUGUGCCCGUGACAGAAACAGAGAAAAAAUCAGGUAUUUAAAGCCAGCCCGCCGUGCUGGCCCCGGAGCACAAGCCGAAGCCACCAGACCCUCCCAAGAACAUGCGAGCGGCUCCGAAGAGCAAACCAGGGCGCACAGCACACUCUGCAGGCAAGAAGCACGGCAGAAAGACAGCAUCCUCAAAGAGCUCAAAACUCAUCCGGCUCAAACCAAACUCUGGCCCAGUGGCUCCCAUUGAAACGUACAAAGACUGCGAGUGCUACGGCCACUCCAACCGCUGCAGCUACAUCGACUUCCUGAACGUGGUGACCUGCGUGAGCUGCAAGCACAACACGCGGGGCCAGCACUGCCAGCACUGCCGCCUGGGCUUCUACCGCAACAGCUCCGCCGAGCUGGACGACGAGAAUGUCUGCAUAGAAUGUAACUGCAACCAGAUCGGCUCCAUGCACGACCGCUGCAACGAGACCGGCUACUGUGAGUGCAGGGAAGGCGCCACGGGGCCCAAGUGCGACGACUGCCUGCCCAACUACUACUGGAGACAGGGCUGCUUCCCCAAUGUCUGCGACGACGAGCUCCUGCUCUGCCAGAACGGCGGCACCUGCUACCAGAACCAGCGCUGCAUCUGCCCCGUGGGCUUCAAGGGCGUCCUGUGCCAGCAGUCCCGCUGUGAAGUGGACAAAAAGGACUGUGACGGUGCUCCCGGUGCUGGCGGUAGCCUGGCCACCGUGGCGCUGGGGGUGCUGGCCCUGCAGCUGCGAGGCUGGGUGGACCUCUGAGGCUGCACAGGGAGCCCAGCCCGGGCACGUCACCCGAGGGACCUGGGGACACCGAGGUGACGGGUGGCCGUCCCCAGCGCCUCCUCCGCCUUCCCUCACGCUAGGACUUGCACAGCGUUCUUUGGGUCCACUUUCCAAGCAGAGAGGUACGCAGGGAGCCCGGUGCUGACCCCUGCCCGGUGUCCCAGCGCGGUGACACGGGGACCGCAGCAGCCUGUGCGGGACACGGCGCACAGUGACUCUGUCCUGCUCCGCACAGGGCGGCCCGGGGCCGCCCAAGGCUCUGGGCAAACAGUGCCGCGAUCCAAGGGAUUUUUUUUUAUUAUUACUUUCUUUACUUUGGUAUAGGCUGGGGUGCUGUUUUUAUUUUCCCUCCUCUUGGCGUCCUGUUUUGGAAGAGCCUGUCACGACAACUGCAGGCAGGGGACAGGAGGGAGGGGAAGGGGACUCUGGUCCAUCCCUGCUGCAUAGUCCCACAUCCCACCACGGGCCCCGCCUGGCCACGCACAUACCGUUGCCUACGACUGUAGUUGCUGCAUUGAUUUUGUAUUUUCAUGGCUGGGUUUUGUUUUCUUGCACUUGCAGAGAGCACAGGGGCCGCGAGGCAUUCGGAACGUGAGGAGUGCAGUGUCUUAUCCACACAUGUCCGUAUGGUGUACGGGUCAAAUACUUCUUUUGGGAGAGACUUAUUUUUGUUUGGAUUAAAUGUUAUAACAGAACCACGACCUAAAGGGACAUUUUACCAUGAGCAUUUGAUUCUGGUGUAUCCUCCUCCAGUAAAGCAACUAUUAAUGGCUGCUUGAUCACCACGUUUUCCUUUACGUGUGCACAGUUAAUUACAGGUAAAGACUUAUUUUUUGAUUCAUAA